GUGGACCUCAGGAGACUCUCAGAGUGCAGCGAAUACUUCCGCGCCUUGUCCCAGUCCAGAAUGAGAGAGACUGCAGAGAGCCUAAUUCACCUGGACCAUGUCUCCUCCUCCGUCUUCUACAAUCUCCUUGAGUUCUUCUUCUAUAAUAAGUUUAAAGUCCCUCAGGAGGAGUUGGGCACAUACAUCCAGGUCAGCAGCUAUCUCCUGGCUGAGGCCUUCCUCUCAAAGUGUCUGUCAGUCCUGGAAGAGGAACUCAGCCCAGUUAACUGUUUGUCCUACCUGAGUCUGGCUCAGGAGAUCUGCUGUGUGGAGCUGAAGAUGACCGGGUUCACCUACUUGAGUAGAAACCUGCUGGAGCUGCAUGACCUCAUCAAGUGUCUGAAUGAUGAAGAGAAGAACGAAGUUGUCAACCUGAGGACACAAGGAGACCGACGUCUCUGCAGCCUCAGGAAAGAGAACCUGACUUCUUGGAAUGACCCAGAAACAGAACGUGCCCGACAUAUCUUCACCCUGGAAGGGUCAGAGGAGAGCGGAGACUGGUAUCCACUUACAGAGCUACCUUUUAGGGCUGAUAAGUGGUGUUUCACUACAGUGGUCCUGUAUAACUACCUAUACAUUAUAGGAGGCUACCGGCAGCGUGUGAAGAGAGGCUGGGAGUUCAAGAUGGCUUCCUUUAGGUAUAAUCCCUUUACUCAUAUGUGGAUCACCACAGCUCCUCUGAUAAAGCACAGAAGGCACUUCAGUGCAGUGGCCUGUGAAGGCUGUAUUUACGCUGUGGGAGGCUGGUAUUUGGACUCACUUGUGACUCCGGACUCCAGCACGGCUCUCUAUACAGCUGUGGAACGCUAUGAUCCAUGGGAUGACACAUGGAGGUUUGUCUCCUCACUACCACUGACUGACUUCCAGUUCACCAUGUCCUUGUCCCAUGACGUGCCCCUUGUCACCAGCCUUGGACACUGUCUCUAUGUGUUGGGGAGCAUCCAGAGGACUGGAGAGAAACUGCUGCUGCAGUACGACACUGUCCAAGACUCCUGGUCUGAACUGCUUCCCACCCUUACCCGAGCAGAUGUAGACCUCCCCACUCUUUACUUCCUGGGUGCCACUGAUAGGCUGCUUGUGAUUGGUACAAACAACUCAGAGAAUGUGGUGACAUCAUUCUGUGUGCAGUCCCGGAGGUGGGCACAGGUGCAGAGGGCUGAGAAAGUGGCAUUUGCAGGACAAGGGACAGUUGUAGGUGACCAGAUCCUGAUGCCAAGUAUAGAGCACAACACUGUUGCAAGGAUGGAUCUCCGAACUCUCUCCCUCAGAGCUCUUCCUCCUCUACCCAUCUCCACCCGCUAUGAAGCUAUCUUUUAUCUUCACUUCAAUUAAUGUUAUCGUUAGCUUCUUUGCUGUACUGUACAUAUUUUGUGAUUUUUGUGGCUGAAUGUAAUACUGCUCAAGUCUUUCUCAAGAAUAAGGAGAUUCACUCCCUGGGUGAAUUAUCAAUGGUGGGUUAUGAUUAUCUCUUGUGUUUAAAAUCUCAGUCCUUUAGUUUAAAGUGUGCUUGGUAGACUAUGAUUAGACUUACACCUAAAGCAAUGAGUAACUGUAGAAGAUAAAGAACUUCAAAACUUGACUUUAUUGUAAAUUAUAAUUGCGUUUAACUGUGAUUCUGUUUGGACUUUGCUUUUUUUUAUAGACACUUUUUUUUUUCUAAGAAAAUCAACUUGGUGCUGUGUGUGUCUAUUCUGUAUAGUUUCUGCUGUUCUCCCUUGUAUGUCAGAUUGAAUAUUUCAAUGGGUUUAUUUCGUGGUUAAUAAAGGUUAUUCAUGAAUAAGGAUCUACAUAGGGUAUCCUGACAUGGAAGACAAAG